CGCGCUCCGCUCAGAACCAGAUGCGGAACUGAUAACUUUGGCAACUAUAAAACGGAUGAGCAUCCAUCGUACAUCCGCGCUCGCGCGUCUAGCUCAACAAACUCGACUGUUGACCAGCAUGUCUUCCGCGUACACGCCACGUCUCAUUGGUGCUCCGAACACUCUCGAUCAUCGCGUGUACAUCGAGCACAACGGCAGCGUCGUCUCCCCGUUCCAUGAUAUUCCGCUCUUUGCCGACCAGAGCAAUGGCAUCCUCAACAUGAUCGUCGAGGUCCCUCGUUGGACGAAUGCGAAGAUGGAGCUGUCCAAGGAGGAGCCUUUCAAUCCCAUCAAACAGGAUAUCAAGAAAGGCCGUCUGCGUUUUGUCCGCAACUGCUUCCCUCAUCACGGAUACAUCUGGAACUACGGCGCAUUCCCUCAGACAUGGGAGGACCCCUCGCAGAUGCAUGCUGAGACGAAGGCCAAGGGCGACAACGAUCCUCUCGAUGUCUGCGAAAUCGGCGAACAAGUUGGUUACACUGGUCAAAUCAAGCAAGUCAAGGUUCUGGGCAUCAUGGCGCUCCUAGACGAGGGCGAGACGGACUGGAAAGUUAUCGUUGUGGAUAUCCAUGAUCCUCUCGCCUCGAAGCUCAACGACAUCGAAGAUGUCGAGCGUCACCUUCCCGGCCUUAUCCGCGCCACAAACGAAUGGUUCCGUAUCUACAAGAUCCCCGAUGGAAAGCCGGAAAAUGCGUUCGCUUUCUCCGGUGAGGCGAAGAACAAGCGCUAUGCUACCGAGAUUGUGCACGAAUGCCACGAAGCGUGGCGCCGCCUGAUCAUGGGCGAGAGCCCCGCAAAGACGGCGUCCUACGAUCUUUCUAUCAAGAACAUCACUGUGCAGAACUCGCCAGGCUUUGUCUCCAAAAAUGACCCGGCGUAUACUGGUAUCCCGCCUGAUUCGCGCAAGCCUCCCGCCCCUAUCGACCCGUCGAUUUCCAAGUGGUUCUACAUUUCUUCUGCGCAGGUCUGAAAAGCGGUCGCAGCGAAACUAGUUACGGUGUUGUGGAUGUUGCCGCCUUUAGCUUGCCGUGACAACACUCGAUCGAACAAUCGGAUACAUACUGGGCUACAAAGCAAGUAUCUCUAGCUAGGGGCAUCUAUUAUGCUGUGAUGCAAAGAAAACAGGGUGACAUCGAAAGCCUCAUGAGUGCAUCGGGCAAGCUCUGCCUACGUUCCAGGGAGGGAUCCGUGAGAGCGGUGUGCGAUUAGAUAGCGUUCCUGGUGUAUAACUGAAAGCAGGUAGCGAGAGCGCCCUGAACAAUGAAAUGGAGAGUUUGUCUUCAUAUGGCAACGUUGUCGUAUUUGACACCCCUAACGGCACGUCCCAACAUAGACGACUUGACAUUCUGGACGAACUGCUCGCGAUGCUUGCGCAGCUCCUCAGCCGCUUCUUUGUUGAGCGGAUCGUCCGCAUUCGGCUCAAGGAAGAGGUACUGCAAUCCAACCAUGACGGAAUUGAGAUUGAGAACUGGUUUCCAGUCCUCUCGCAGGAUGUUCAGGCAGACAUUGCCCUCAAGGUCCACGUUGGGGUGGUAUAUAGUUUGCGUGCACUUGACUUUAGGUGGCUCAUGUGGGUAGUUUGUGUUGAUGUUGAAGGAGAACUUGAAUGCACCGCCCUUGUACAUCCCUUCAUCAGGAGUAAUCGUUAACUCGAAGUUCAAGAGAUCGGCGGGAUCAGGGAAGUGGGUCUUCAUUGUAGAAGGAAGAUCAAGCUCCGUCAAGUCCUUCUGUACUCGGAUUUGUGCAGCACUCGUCUUUGGCUUCUUCUUCGCCGCUGCAUUUUCAUCCUUCUUCAUACUCCAUAUCUUGAUCAUGUCGGUAAGGGUACCCGGCCGGCUGU